AUGCCAUUGAGGCCACACCAAGAAUUGUCUCUACGUGUGCUUAAAGUUCCACCCCGACUUUUGAUCCCUCGCUGGUUCACUCUCUGCCGGAAACCUAAUCAAACCCUAACCCCCAAUGACGACGACGACACCAUAAAAUCGAAGAAGAGGAAGAAGAAGCCAAUUGGUAUCGCUUUAGCUAAAAUCCAAGCUCCACAUUUAGGAACUCACCAAUCGUCGAGGAGUCUCGUGACAAUUGGUUCAAAUAUCUACAACAUCGGCGGACCAAUAGACGACGACCAUCGCUCGUCUAACGUCUCAUCCUCGACUGCCGGUCCAACACGUGGCGCGAGGGUCCAAACAAGCUGGUGA